CUCACCUCCGAAAAGAUCCAGUAAUAAGUUGCUACCGCUCUCUUCUUUUUUCUCUCUUUUUGGCGGGCGAAUGGAAAUAAAAAUAUAAAACGAAUCCCGUUCUUGGGAAAGGUUCUUCGUCAUCCUCACCUCCGGAAAAAUCCAUUCACUGGAGCGACCAUUUUUCGUGUUUCCCUCCCUUGAUCUUUUAGUGCCCUAUUUUUCCUCUUUUUCUUCUUCGUCGAUGGAGAAUCCUUGCGGCGAUAGGCCUGACGACCUCGAGAUCAACUCCAUUGGAUCCCUAUACCGCGGUCCCUGGGACAAGAAGUACUGGAGCUGCUCUAGGGGCAAAGACCGCUACCCUUAUCCAGUUGGUUAUCAUGCUGUUCGAACUCAUGGCGGGAACAUAUACAAGAUGGAAAUUCAUGAAGGUCCCACAGGGCCUCUCUUUGUGGUUUCCACUGAUGGAGAUUCUUCUACUGGGCAGACUCCUGAUAUUGCAUGGGAGCACUUUCAGAAAAAAUGUAGUCCCAGAGUGAAAAAUUGGCAUGGGAAGAGGUUUUCUUCGAAGAUAGAUGGGGUUGAGCUUUUUGGAUUUAGAAAUCCAUUUGUACAGCGACUCCUUCGUGAGGUUGUUGCAAAUGUCAAUGGAGCGGCAGAACGGAACUUGUUAUCCCCAAUUUCUAACAACAGAGCUUCAAAGUUUGACCAUGCAAUUCAAAUUCAAGAUGGUCAUACAUAUCCUGAUUUACUUUUAUACUUGGAAAAGCAGCGGAGCACAAGAAAAAGAAGUACAAAGUGCAAAAAUCCGACUAAAAGCCUUCAAAAGGAAGCAAGAGCUAAAAGAAUCUGCUGUGAUACAGGGGGUGGUCCUUCUAAACAACUAUGUGGUUUUUGUUCUCAUGCCACAAUUUAUGGCACAAAAUAUUGUCAGGAAGAACAUUUCUCAUUGUGUAAGUCUAAAUGUCCCACAAUUCAGGAUACGCCAAAUCAUUUUACUUACACCCAAAAAGGUAGUGCUCUGAAUGAUGAAACGCUUGAGCCAGCUGAUACUGAGGGUGAAGGCAAUGGUAGAAAUAUUGGAUUUGCUACUUCAGUGAACAACUGUUCAAAAAAUGAAGAUCCAGGAAAUUCAUUACUACGAGAGCCUCCUGUAGUUGAGGGAGACUGUAUUCCCUUUCUGGGUGAAGGUGAGCAACUGGCCGAAGUGGGGAACUCUGAUUGCAUUGUUGAAAAGCAUGUUAUUUCAUGCGAGGAAAACAAGCUAGAAGAUUGUAAAGAUUCCAGAUUCACAUGUGGAGACAAUCCACCUUGUAAUGCAGAAAAUAUGGUGCUUGAUAGGUCAGUAGAUGCCCAAUUGGAACAAAGGGACUCAAAAGAUAGGUCAGUAGACGUCCAAUUGGAACAAAGGUAUUCAGAAGAUGAUGAUGGAGAAAUUCCAGUUCUAGAAAUGUCUGCAAAUGUUUGUGUUCCUGAUACAUGUGAUGCUGCAAAAGAGUGUUGCAAGGGAAGUCCCUGCAGCAUGAAGAGUGAGCCUGCUGGAACCAAGCUACUGUUGGGAACCUCCACAUCUUAUAACUUGGAGGUAAUAUCCAGAAGUAUGCCAUACAUAAGCAAGCAUAGCUCUUCAAAAUGUGUGCAUCCCAUGCAAGAAGAGGUAUUGCACCAUGUAAAAAGUUCGCCGGAUGAUGCUCUUUCAAAAGGAAUGGUGAAGGAUUCACUUCCAGAGGUUGGCUCAUCUUCUGGUUCUUCAGGUCCAGGUUCAGAAAAAAAUGAUUUAGAUUUAGUAGGGCAAGAAUUGGCAAGAUCCAUGAUGGCAUUUUUGCUUCCACAAGCUGUUCCCCUACUAAAGAAGACUUAUGUGAGAACAAGGUCAAGACAUCGGAAUCAGGAAGUCAAGAUUGAUCCUUCUACCAUUUUGUCCAGGGCAAAUUCUGCAGAACAAAAGCUAGAAGGUGAUUGCCUGACUGCUAACGAAUGUCAAGGCAAUGUUGGAGCUGGAAUGCUUCUCCAGGAAUCAGAGGAGGAUAUUCCUGAAAGAAGGAAUGAUCUUCACACAUCACUAAAUGUCAAUUUCCAAGACAAAAUGACCAAAGUGGAACAUCUUGUUACUGCUUGCAUGAUCGAUGAACGAUUAACUAAUUGUGGAAGUUCGAAAGAUAUCAAAUCUAUUAUUCCAGAUAGCUUUGAGGAUGAUCAAUAUGGGUAUGAUACUAGUAGUAAGAGACCUUCCCCUAGUGGGUUUGAUGAAGCAGAUGAUGUACCUUCUGAUGAAACUAAACAAAAUAUUGAUGCUUCAGAGUCAUUUUUCAAUGAAGUGGGAGGGGUUAGAGAGCCUUCUGAUUGUCUUAUUGGAAAUAGUGAAUGUGAUGGAGGACCUAUGCUGUCAAAUGAACUUAAGAAGGGCGAGAAUCUAUUAUCUGAUUCUCUUGUGGCCUUUUUGGAAGAAGAAGUUAAUGAUGAAUGCAUGAAUGGGGGAGAAAGAAUAUCUAGUCCUGGCCCUUGUUUAAAUGUGAACUGUACUGAUGACAUGAUGUCCUUGGAUCCUGAUUUUGUUAAGCAUGAUAAUUCUCAGCACUUCAUUAGUGAAUCUAUGUAUAAAUCUGAAAAAGAAAUUUUGAUUUCUGAAUGUAUGCCACAACAUAUUUCUUUUGGAAAUGAUGAAGCUAACCAUUUUAAGCAAGAUCCUCCUGCUUCAACUCCUGAGUUUAACAAUUUGGGAGAAAAGGGAAUCCCUGAGAUUUUAGAGUGCUCAGAGAAAGGCCUCAACAAUUCAAGUCAGCAUGACCUGGUCAACUUUGGAGUAUGUUCAACAGUAAAGUCCAGAGAUGCUAAUAUUAGAAAACAAGCAGGCUGGCUGAGUGGACAGGCAGUAAUUUCUGGCAAGGGCGAUACUUCAAUUUGUAUGACGGAUGCAGAACUUCCAACUAACGAACUCCCACAUGACAGUGGCAAGGCAGGAAAGCUUCCACACUCGCCUCAUUCUACUAGAAAAUGCAAUAUUCCUCUUUCAGAAAGUAUAAUUUGCAGAAAUUAUGAUAGCAAUUCCCUUGAGGCAUGUUUUGCUCCCAACACAUCUGGGACAGUAGAAGAUGGACAAGCCAGGCCUACCAAGAAUAAUCCAAAUACAAGUAUGUUAUUUGCUAAUGAGAUCAAAAUCGAUGAACAUUUACAUAUUACAAACAAAAUGGAGAACACCAACACAUCUGUUGCCACCUUACCUACUGCUUGUCCUGUUUUUUCUCAAAUUCAAGAUGGGGUAAGGAAUGCCAUUGGAUAUACGAAAUUCUCCAACUUCAGUGAUCCUUCACUUUCAUGUUCCAGUAAGAAUCAUGCAGAUUCUGUCAGUAAGCUUCAUUCAUCCAAGGAGUUCUGCAUACCACAGGUUCAGAAUGUGCUUGAACACAGCAGAAAUGAUGUGCUGCGAGCUUUUUCUUGUUCAAAUAAGAGCCCACCCACCGAAUUAACCAUUAAUGCUGAUUGUCAAGUUCUUUUAAAUGACCAUCUGUGCCAGAGAAAUAAUUUUGACACAAAGUCAAAAAAAGAGUUCAGAGACUUAAUGAAGCUUGUAGGCUGCUAUUUACAUCCAAACCCUGUCUUGUCUAUAUUCUUAAUCACAAAGGAGGAUUUUUUACAGAUUUGCGUGUUGUGUGGCAUUUUGGAGGACAAUGAAAGAUAUCUUUUCAUAUAUACUGUUCCUAUUCAGGAGCAGAGUGAAAGUUGCCCUUCUUUUAUUGGUUACACAUCACUGGUGUUUCCUCUGUUUAAAGGACCCUCUAAUGCAAAAAUGCCAUUUGAAAGAUCACAGUUGCAGUUCACUCCUGAUGGCCAAUUCCUUGUUUUUCUUAAUAGUAUCAGAGCACCUCACUGCAGGGAACAAAACACCAGUUGUUUGUGCUCGAUGUGCAGAUUCGGUUGUUCUGAGGAAAAUGCUGUGAAAGUUGUACAAGUAAAAUUUGGUUAUGUUUCCCCAGUGAUUAAAUUAACAACAGUUGAGAGACUUUCCUGCUUAUUAGUAUGUGAGCCAAAUUACCUUAUAACUGUUGAGGAGAGCGGGAGACUGUAUGUUUGGAUAAUGAACUCUACAUGGAGUGGAAAAUUGGAGGAGUUCAUGCUUCCUAGUUUUGAUCACAUAGCCCCUAAGGUAUUGGAGCUCAAAAGAAUACCAAAGCAUGACUUCCUUAUUGUUGGUCAUAAUGGUAUAGGUGGCUUUGGCUUAUGGGAUAUCUCAAGGCGGGUUCUGCUUGCUAAGUUUUCAGCUCCUGGCCACAUGAUCUCCCAGAUUCUUCCAGUUGGUUUAUUCAGUUUCCCGAAUAAGGGCGGUCUUACAACCAGUUUGGACUUAAAGGAGCACAUGAAAGAGAAUGCAAAUAGCUGGGUCACUGAUGCUGUGGAAGACCCGUUUCUCUUGACAUCAGGGGAAAAUGUAGCUGUUUGGGUUCUAAUUUCUUCUGUUUCAGACUUGGAGGCUCGACAUCACCAUUUGGUGAAGGAACCGUGCACCAGUUCGGCUGGAUGGUGGAGGCUAGCUCUUCUGGCAAGCAAUAUGGUAGUUGUGGGAAGUGUGUUGGAUCCCAGGGCUUCUGCACUAGAUGCCUCAGCUGAUUAUGGGAUUAUUGGGACAUCUGAAGGUCUAUUGUACAAGUGGGAACUAUCUACUGGGAAAAAAGUGGCCACCAUGCACUCUUUCAAAUGUGGAAGUGUGUCCUGCAUCGCAGUUGAUGCACAAUCAGGUGUGGUGGCAGUGGCUGGUGAUAAACGCCAGUUGCUGGUUUAUACCCAACAGCGAGGGGAACUGCAAAGCUGAUGUGCUUCAAUAUAUUCAAGUGAUUGGACAAGGCAUGUCAAGGGGCUGCCACCAGCAACCGUUAGUUGCUUGUGUGAUUUUGCAUGGCAGCAGCUGUGCUGAAGUUUUGUUUCUUUUUGAGGAUAGUCAGGGAGAAUUACGACUCAUCUGCUAGUAUGUGUUCAUACCAUCUCAUUGCGGAUCCAAUGGUGCAAUAGGAGGGACACAACGUUUGGUGACCUUGCAAAGCAGAGUAUCCAGUCAGAUGCUAUAGGAUUGCUGGUCUUUUAUGGCUGUCGUUGGGAGCAGAGCUACCUUGGUCUAUGUUUUUGCUUGCAGUUGUAUAGAACUCAGGUUUAUACAUUUCUGUUGUGCAGCACCAGUCUCACAAAGUAGAGUAUGAAAAAUGUAAACGAGACAGUUUUCUACAUAUCACGAAUAAUCAUUGAUCAUAAAUGCUGCUGAUGACUAUGUCAAUGACAUAUUCAUUUUUGGAC